UUCCUCAUAACUACGACGUCCUGGCAAAAGACUGUGACGUGUUUAUGUAACAUUUUAUUUUUUCGGCCACUGUAAAGGAAUACACAAAAUAUUAGUCGUAUUGGAAUAUUCACCACAAAAGGAAGCAUUUUGUCUCACCAAAAUGAUGGAGAUUGAAAUGCCUAAAAUGCAGCCUAGUCAACAGCAGGAUAUGGAUCUGAUUGACAUCCUAUGGAGGCAGGACAUUGACUUGGGUGCGGGGCGUGAGGUCUUUGACUUCACUUACCGUCAGAAGGAGAGUGAGCUGCAGAAGCAGAAGGAGCAGGAGGAGGAGAAACGACAGCAGUUACAGCUGGAGCAGGAGAAGGCCCUGCUCGCUCAGCUGCAGCUUGACGAGGAGACGGGAGAGUUUGUGCCUCGGCCGAACCCGAGCUCCCUGCCGCCGCAGCCUGGAACCACGCCCUCCACCGAGGUCAACCAGAAUGACGUUUUCUCAGAGGGAAAUGGCGACGCCAUGUCGUUCGACGAAUGUAUGCAACUCCUCGCUGAAACCUUCCCACUCGUAGAGCCAACAGAGACCACUCCCCCUUGCCUGGAAUCCUCUGUCUCCACCACCACAGAUAGCAGCCAGCUCAUGAUGGCCACAGAGCAACCUGCCCCGACCCAGAAUGCCAUGCUGCCUGCCUCUCUGGACCAGGCGUGGAUGGAGCUGCUCUCCAUUCCCGAGCUGCAGCAAUGUCUCAACAUGAUAGAGCCACCAGCUUACGUAAAUACAAACGUCCCCGUGGAGCUGCAGGAUCCAAACUAUAACAUGUACAUGGCUGGUCUGACAGACUUGGCUGGGAACAACGCGGAAAGCUGCCAGUCUGAAUAUGUCAAUGGCUUCGAGAGGUCUUUCCCAAACAUGGCUCUUCCUAAUCUCGACCAGAUGAGCCUCACUGCCCCAGACGUGAAUUCAGGCUUCGGCACAGAGGGUUUGUGUGACGUGCUCUACUCUGAUCUUGAUGUCAACAGUGCAGAGAAUGGAGCAAGCCCAUUGGCUGAUACAGCAAACGACCCACCAAUGGACCUUCAUGCUCUCUCACCUGGGGACACGUUCAACACCAGCAAGGCCGAAGCCAUGGUGGAAUUCCCAGAUUCAGAUUCCGGUCUUUCGUUGGAUUCGAGCCCCAAUGUGAGCUCCCCUGACAAGUCCCUACACGACGACGGAUCGUUUGAGUUCAGCGACGCUGAAAUGGAUGACAUGGACAAUGAUCCUGGGAGUGUAGAGUCUGACUUUAUGGAGAUGUUUUCGCUGUCGCUCGCCAGCGACUGCCAGCAGACGUCGCUCUCAGUGCAGUCCUCUCCUGCCCACCAUCAGGACAUGCAGGGGAAACACUCAAAGAGCGAGUCCAUGGAAGGCAGCGGUCACACCAAACCUCCCUUCACCAAAGACAAGGCCAAGAGGCGAUCCGAGGCGCGUCUCUCACGAGACGAGCAGAGAGCCAAAGCCCUGCAGAUUCCUUUCACUGUGGACAUGAUCGUCAACCUGCCUGUGGACGACUUCAAUGAGAUGAUGUCCAAGCACCAGCUCAACGAGGCCCAGCUGGCCCUGGUCCGUGACAUUCGGCGAAGAGGCAAGAACAAGGUGGCCGCCCAGAACUGCCGCAAGCGCAAGAUGGAGAGCAUCCUGGGUCUGGAGUACGACCUGGACUCCCUGAAGGAGGAGAAGGAGCGUUUGCAGAAGGAGAAGACGGAGAACAGCCGGAACCUGCGACAGAUGAAGCAGCAGCUCAACGCGCUGUACCUGGAGGUGUUCAGCGUCCUGAGAGACGAGCAGGGCCGACCGUACUCUCCCGGCGAAUACUCCCUCCAGCAGACCUCGGACGGCAGCGUCUUCCUCGUCCCCCGCGUUAAAAAGACGCUCGUCAAGAGCGAUAACCGUUAGCACUUCUCUUCUGUCCACUAGCUUCUCUUAUAGCUAUGCAAAAAAAAAAAAAAAAAAGAAAAGAAAAGAAAAAGAAAAACAACUUUCUUGACUUUUUUUGUUUUGUUCUUUUUGCCUGAGUAGUAAUAAAUAAGCAGAACUAUUAUAUAGUUUAUGCUCAUUCGACUCUCUUAAUAUUUUUAAUACCUGUGUUGUUUUAUACUGCUUUAUAUAUUUCCGAAGAUUCUUUUAUCUGUAUGGUUUGUAAAUACAUUUAUACUUUAUUUGCUAUUGAGAUAUGAAAAUGUAUUGUAUAUAAAUAUAUAUAUAUAUAAAUAGAAAUAGAAAUAUAUAGAAAUAUCACAUUUAGUAAUGCUAAUAAUUUUGUGGCGAUCACUGGUAGUUCAGUUCAUUUUAUAUCUUGAUUUUCGGUUCCACUGCGAUUUUAUCUCUCAACUUUGUGCUUUUUUUGACAGAAAAUAAACUAUUCAUGUAACCUGA